UCAACACCACAACACACCCACAAUGAAACGUAUAAACCAACCGCCGCUGGCAGAAGCCGCAAAGGCUUUACGAAGCCAAAACCGCCCCCAAAUACUCCCUCUCUUCUCCCAACGCUGUUGUCUACACACCUCAUCCCCACAAUCCGCAACGAUAGCACCCAUCACAGCGACCGGACCGCCACCCAAUGCCCCGGUUCCCAGCGCGGACCACGUCGAUGCACGCGUUGCGCGGAGGAGGAAACAAACUGAUCUGCUGAAGAGGGGUCAGGAUAUGAGGGCUGUGGCGGGGGGCAAGGGAGGGGGGAGUGCGAAAACAAAGAGGUUUUGGAAGCAUGUUCAUGUUAAGGAGACUCCGGGUAUGUUCGAGAAAUCAUCUAGGUGGGUGUAGGUAAAAUGCUGGCUAAUUGAAUGAAUCAUAUAGAGGGGUUACAGGUCCUUCUUGAUACGAGACCGCUGAGGAGACCGAAUAAGGAGUUACUCCUCAUCCCAUAUCAUAAACCGCAUCUUGCGUCUGCUAUUGCGCUCGAGUGGGAUCUUCUGAUCUCAGCGCAACAGGCUAUGCGGCAACAUCUCAUCCCACUUACCUCGCUCCUCUCCCGCGCCCUCGAUAUCGCGGACGAGGGUCCAGAUGGCGAGAUCCGAGCGAGUAUCGUGAAGACGGUCAUGCGCUACCUGGAUACCGACUCGCUGCUCUGCUGGGCACCGGAACCCCCUGCUGAUCCGCCCGGGUACGAGACGCAUGUUAAGCGCACAGAGAGCCUGCGCAGCAUCCAGCGGAAGACGGCGGAACCGGUCAUUGCCUUCCUGACGCAGAAGGUCUGGCCUGGUGUAGAGAUCCUGCCGGUGCUGGAUGCGGAUAGUAUUGUGCCGCGUGCGCAGCCGCAGGUGACGAGGGAUGUGAUUCGGGGGUGGGUGAGUGGCUUGCCGGCUUUUGAGCUGGCGGCUUUGGAGAGGGGGGUGCUUGCUGGGAAGGGUUUGUUGGGUGCGGUGAGGUUGGUGGUUGAGUGGAGUGCGGAGUUGGGACAUUUGAGGGGGGAGACGGAGGAGAGAUGGGGGGUUGAGGAGGCGAGUCGCGCGGCGAGUGUGGAGGUUGAUUGGCAGACGGGGAUGUGGGGGGAGGUGGAGGAUACGCAUGAUGUUGAGAAGGAGGAUGUGAGGAGGCAGAUGGGGAGUGUGGUUUUGCUUGUUGCGGGGGAGAGAAAGUAG